CCUCAGCUUUCGCCUCCUGCACCUCCUCCGCGUUCUCCUCAUCGCCCUUAUCUGCUCUCCCCCCUGCCCCACCCCCAGCUCCCCCAGCCUGGGUCCUAGGGGCUCGCUCUGCAGAGAUGAGGGUCCUGGCCUGCCUCCUUGCUGUUCUGAUGGGGAUUCAGGCUGUGGAGCGGCUGCGCCUGGCGGGGGGCCCCCACGGCUGUGCUGGGCGGCUGGAGGUGCGGCACGGGGGGCGCUGGGGAACGGUGUGUGACGACGGCUGGGAUCUGCGGGAUGCUGCCGUGGCCUGCAGCGAGCUGGGCUGUGGAGGAGCUUUGGCCGCCCCCAGAGGGGCUUUCUUUGGAGAGGGCACUGGGCCGGUAUGGCUGAGUGAGCUGGAUUGUCGGGGGUCUGAGAGCCGGCUGAGCCUCUGUCGUCACAGGGGCUGGAAGGCACACAUCUGCUCCCAUGAGGAGGACGCUGGCCUCGUCUGUGUGGGUCAGCGGGCAACCAACUCGAGGCCAGAUUCAACAGAGCCCCUGGACUGGGAGCUGUGGUCUGAGGGCUCCCCAACAUCCCCAGCUGGAAACCCAACAAGCAGCCCACAGGAGGCCCCUCGGCUCCCCAAGCUGCCAAAGGCCACCCGGGCCCCUCUUCUGACUUCCAAUGCUUUCCGACAGGAGCAUCUGCGCCUGGCAGGGGGGCCCCACGGCUGUGCCGGGCGGCUGGAGGUGCGACACGGGGGCCGCUGGGGGACGGUGUGUGAUGACGGCUGGGAUCUCCGGGAUGCUGCCGUGGCCUGCAGGGAGCUGGGCUGUGGGAGAGCCCUGGCCGCCCCCGGAGGGGCCCGCUUCGGAGAAGGGUCAGGCCCCGUUUGGAUGGACGAUGUGGGCUGUGGAGGUGGAGAGCAGGCCCUCCAGGACUGUCCCCGGAGCCCUUGGGGACGAAGCAACUGCGACCACACGGAGGAUGCCGGACUGGUCUGUGAAGGCCCAGCCCCCCGCUUGCGCCUGGUUGGGGGUCCCAAUGGCUGUGCUGGGCGGCUGGAAGUGUGGCAUGGAGGCCGCUGGGGGACGGUGUGUGACGACGGCUGGGAUCUCCGGGAUGCUGCCGUGGCCUGUAGAGAACUGGGCUGUGGUGGUGCCCUAGCUGCCCCUGGAGGGGCCUUCUUUGGGGAGGGGUCUGGGCCCAUCCUGCUGGAUGACCUACGGUGCAAGGGGAAUGAGACGUCCCUGGGGUUCUGCCCAGCCCGUCCCUGGGGCCAGCACGACUGUCACCACCGAGAGGAUGCAGGGGCUGUAUGUGACGGUCUGCCUCUGGGCUUGCCUACUCCAGGCAGCAGCCACGAGGCCCCAGAGACUCAGACCCCCACUAGUGGGCUCUUCCCUGCCUUUCCCACGACCCUGCUGGAACCAGGCCCUGAGGAGGGCACCCCCCACCUUCGCCUGGUGUCUGGGCCAGGCCGGUGUGCCGGGAGGCUAGAGGUGUGGUAUGGUGGUCGCUGGGGCACUGUGUGCGAUGAUGGCUGGGAUGUGCGAGAUGCCACGGUGGCCUGCCGAGAGCUGGGAUGUGGUGUCCCCCGGGAGCCAGGCCCUGCCACCGGCCGCUUUGGCUGGGGGGAGGGCCCCAUCUGGCUGGAUGACGUGGCUUGCAGUGGGACUGAGGUCCGGCUGGCCAACUGCCCUGCAGCCCCCUGGGGGAAACACAACUGCGCCCAUAAUGAGGAUGUGGGGGUCACCUGCACAGGGAGUCUUGGGCCUGACUUGGUCCCAGGCCCCUUCAGCUGGAGCUGGACCCCAGAGCCACAUGGGGAUGGACAGGGCUGGCCACUGAGGUGGACCACUCAGAGUCCGGGGGACGUGGCCAUCCAGCUGACUACUAGCAGUCCCGGAACCAGAGUGGCCAAGCCACCAGCGAGAACUCCACAUACCUCCAAAAAAUGGACCACAAAGAAACCACGGAAACCUCCUGUGCGACCCCCUGGACAAUCAACCACUAAGGUCCCACGGAGGCAGACAACGCGGGUUCCACAAGGCCAGGCCUCCCCCAAACUGACCACACUGGCUCCCCGAGGCCAGACCCCCCAGGCCUCCCCCAAACUGACCACACAGGCUCCCCGAGGCCAGACCCCCCAGGACUCACUACUGCUGCCCACUCAGACCUCACUACCCAACAUACCAAUGACAUCUCCAGCCAGCCCCCCACUGGCCACUCGGUCCUCACAAAGACAACCUUCCCAGGUCACCCCACAGCUAAGCACUCGAGUCCCCAAGGAAGCCACCCCAAUGGAUCGAGAUGAGAGUUCCCCUGAGACCUCCCUAGACCCAGGCUCUUCCACGCCGGGGGCUGAGAGCAGCUGGGAGGCCUUCAAGACUUUACCCACAAGCACUCCCAAAGACUUGUCCUCCCCCCUGACCUGGCCAGGCUCUGGAGGACUGGGUCCCUUUCGGCUGCGUCUCUCGGAUGGGCCCGACCGGUGUGCCGGGCGGCUGGAGGUGUGGCGUGGUGACGUCUGGGGAACAGUGUGUGACGACGGCUGGGAUCCCCGAGAUGCGGCUGUAGCCUGCCGGGAGCUGGGCUGCGGGGGCAUCCGGCCCCGUGUGGGCAAAACCUACUACGGGUCUGGGACAGGCCCGAUCUGGCUGGAUGAUGUGGACUGUGUGGGCAUUGAGGCCUCACUAGGCGACUGUCCAGCCUCACCUUGGGGGAUUCACAACUGUGAGCACCAGGAGGAUGUGGGGCUCACCUGCACAGGAGACAUGGAGGAUGACAGUGAUCUCCCCUGGGCCUGGGACACCAGUUCUCGAAGGGACACAGCCUGGGGGAGCUUCACAACAGCUGCUCCCAGCCAUGACCUUGCUUCUCAGACCCUCCCGGACCGCGGAGAUCCAGAUUUCCACAGUGGCUCUCGGCCCAUCCAGCCUCCAGUGGCCCCCAAGGAGACCCCCAGUCCAGAUCUCCAGCUGACCACUGACCCCAGCCCAAAGCUGACCGCUGAAUCUAGCACACAGUUGACCUCUGAUCUCAGACUGUCCCUGACCACUGACCCCAGCCCACAGCUGACCCCUGGCUCAGACAAACAGCUGACUCCUGACCCCAGUCCACAGCUGACCACUGACUCUGGCCAACUACUGACCUCUGACCCCAACCCACCGCUGAUCUCUGAUAUCAGCCAAAAACUGACUUCAGAUGUUGUCCUCGAGCUGACCUCUGACCCCAGCCCACAGCUGACCCCAGAUUCUACACCUCAGCUGACCUCUGACUCCUCUCCAGUGUCAGUGGUAACCUUCCACACUGACCUACAAUUCAUUGUUGAUCCUGGCCCGCAGCCGAGCCCUGACUCUACCCUAGAGCUCACCUCUGAUCUUACCCCUAAAGGGGAGCUCACCCCUUCGUCCACCCCACAGUCCAUGCCUGAUGUUGCCCCACGGUUGACAUCUGAAACCAACCGACAACUGACCAUUGAGUCCUUCUCACAGCUGACCCCUAACUCUGCCCUAGACCUGACCUCUGACCCUAGCUCGCAGCUGACCCCUAACUGGGCCCUAGACCUGACCUCUGACCCUAGUCCACUACUAACUCCUCCCUCCACUGAACCGCAAUUCACUCCUGAUUUUGUCUCUCACCUGACCUCUGACCUGUCCCUGCAGAUGAAUGUUGACCCCACCUUUGCACCAGUACUGACCACUCAGCCCUCUGCAGACUCACGGCUGAACCCGUCCUCUAGUCCUACCCCAACUAAACAGUUGAUGCCUGACCCUUCUCCCAGCCCAAAGGUGACUACUGCCUCCCCCAGCACUCAUGGGCUGACCUCUGACUCAUCCUCUUCCACACAACUGUUCCCAGAGCUCAGUCCCACCUCCCAGCAAGCCAGAGUGGCCUCUGCCAGCCCAGGGCUGCCCUCAAAGUACACGCCAUCCCUGCCAUCCGAGCCUGCUAGGCCCUCACAGACCCCCCCAGCCCUCGGGAUGAGUCCAGCUGGGCCCUCCCCAGUGGCUCCUAGCCCCGCCCCCAGCCCCAGCCCCAGCCCCCAGCCUUCAGAGGUUCCACCCAUGAGCGCUGCACCUCCCGGGACCCCAGAUUCUAUCUCCAGUGUCCCACUCUUUGUAGCCUCAGAGCCCACCAUUAACCCUGAUCUCGUCCCUAACCCUGCCCCAACUCCAGAGCACGGUCCCGAGCAUCCUCCAACAGCUGGCUCUGGGGGGGUCUUGGAUGAUCCUUCGGCCCCCCCACAGUCCCCUGGUCCCAGUAAUGUGGAGACUGGCCAGUGUGUGCUGGUCACUCCCCCCACCCCAACCGUCCUUCGAGUCAUGGCCUGUGAGCCCCCGGCCCUGUGGGAGCUGGUUGGGGCAGUGAGGGAUGUGGGCAAACAGCUGCGGAGUCUGACCCAGGCGGUCCAGCAGAACCGAGAGGAGAGAAGGGUGGCAGGCCUGGAGCUGGGGCAGCUGGUGGAGGCCAUCAGGGGCCUGGGCGAUCUGGGCCAGGCCCUGAGAGGGCUGGUGGAGGCAUCGAGGACCCCCGUGACCCCCGGGCUCCAAGAGGAGGAGGAGGAAGAGGAGAGACCGCGAAGAGGAGACGUGUGAGCUCCCCAAAGACUGACAGAGGACAGAGAUGCCCUCCUCCCCCUAAGUGAACAAAGACCACCCAUCCCAGUGCCUCUGCUGGUCUAAUUGA